UUACCAAUGGUAAGAGCAUGAAGGAGUCCAUUGAGGAAUAUGGAAAGCAGCACCAGACUGGGAAUAGUGCAGUGGGUUAUGUACACAACAUGUUAAAAGAAACUGCGUACAUUGAGGAAGUGGAGGAGGAAGAUGAAGAAGGAUUUAUGGAAAGCUUUGUUGAAAUGGAGGUUAAUGCGCUGGUCAAUGCGGAAAAGAGAAAGAUAACCCCAGAGGGGCGUGCAGACCCUAAGCGACGUGCACUGGACGAUGUGGCUAGGAGGGAAGAAGAAAUUCCCAUCUUGAAGACAGUCCGUCCAGGAAGAUAUGAGGAAAUUGAUGAACCUGACGCAGAUGUGGAGAUGGAAGAUCGACCGGACUACCGAGUUAGGGAUGUGGAGGAAGGUUUGAGAAGAUCCUUUGGGGCCCCAAAAGCAAGAGUUCCCCAGAGGAAAGAUGCUCCGAAAGCUAAGCUUAACAAAUUGGCGGAUGAGCUGAAGAAUUCAACGGACAUUAAGGACAUACGGAAUCGGAUUCUGAACACCACGGUGACAUUGUCACUCCAGGAGCUGCUAGGGAUGUCUGAUGGGCUGCAUCGGAGCCUUUUCUCAGGAACCCGACAGCCGGUGACAACGUCUAUCGAAUUCAGCAAAGGAACAGACCCAGGGGUCGUUGCGCGAGUGGGAAACUUAGGGAUGAGAAGCCGCAAGGCGAACCAGAUGGAUUUGGAAGAAACGGGGUAUGAUGAUGAAGAACCUCCGUUAUAUGUCUGUGGAACUCUAGCGGCGUGGAUCCAGAUACUGGAGGAUCCACAAAGGGUUCAGGCAUUGCUGGAUGGAGGUGCGGAAAUCAAUGUGAUGCAAGCCUGGCUAGCGGAAAAACAUGCGCUGCCAGUCACUCUGCACGCCAAAGGAACGAUGAGAAGUGCCAACGGAGGUCUCACGCCGUUUGUUGGAAUCUGCGAGCGGGUCCCAGUACGGAUUGGGAGCUUCCAAUAUUAUGUCCCUUUCUUCAUUGUGGACACGCGUGGCGGACAUGCAGUGGUGCUGGGGAGGCCAUUUGAACACAUGAGCCGUAUGGCGCACACGAACACAGCGUCCGGGGCGGUCAUCACAACGAUUUAUUCAAUGGACAGGACGAAGGUCGCGAGAAUGAAGGUUUUCACCCCCGGAACGCGUAGGAUGGAGACCCGGAGGGACGUUUUCGAAGAUCGGAGGUUAAUUGGAGAGGAGCCGGGAAACUAG